CAUGAAUUUAGAUGAUAUUUAUAAUUGGUAAACUCUUUAUCUCUAAUAUACGUUCUUAGGAUUCUGAAACAUCAAAAUAAUUAUCCUGGAAAACACUAGGAUUCUUAACCAAGAACUGUUCCAUCAUAUAAACCAUUAGAACCAAAAGCAUAAGUAAUUUUCAAUCUUUACUUUUUUAGUUUCAUAUUGUUAUUAAGGCUACUGCUGAAUAUAUUAAAGAGAAAAUGCUCAAUGGAAAUGUAAAUAUUAAUUAUAUACUUUAAAAGGGUGUUAAUCUAAAAGAAUUUGGAGCAUUUACAAUCGAAAUUAUUUCAGAUUAUGUUAAACCAUUAUAGCAUUCAGGCUUUAAAAUGACUGAAGAUUUAGACAUCUAAAGAGCAGAUCGUAAACAUGUGCACACAAUUAGGUAUUUUUGCCUUAUAAUUUAGACCAUGUUUUAUUCCAGAUAAUCAAUUCAAAUACUUUUUAUAGAGAUAUCCUGGAAAAGAAGAGGUUAGUAAGCCUUAGAGUCAACAUUCAGUAUAUUAAAAGGGAUUUGGAAUGAAUUUUUGUAAUUCAGGACCGAUUGCUGCAUCAUGGUAAUAAUAGUUGUCUUCAUUAUAUAGUUAUUUAGGAAAAGAUGUUGUAUAAUCUAUUCACUAUUCUUUAAUUAAAGCUAUUUAAGAUUUAACUAGAUUAGGACAUGAUUUGCAUAUUGAUUUUGGGUUUAUUAAAAUCAAUGUGCUAAACAAAGAUCUUAAAUAUAAAUAUGAAUAAUCAUUUAUUAAUAAAUUGAAUCAGACUGAUUACGAAUUAAAAGUAAUAAACUCACUCAUUGUUUGUAGAUGCGUAAGUCAGAUAUGGCUACAUCUCAACAUUGGAGGACUACUUAAGAAGAGAAAUGGUCUAAAAGUACUCUAAACCAUUUACUUACUAAACCAAAUCCAAAUUAAGUUUAAGAUAAUUAUGAGAAAUCUAUGGCUCUUAAAAUUAUGUCAUUAGAUCUCAAUACUGCAGAAUAAACUAAUUAUAGUAAAAACUAAAAAAUUAAGUUACCAAUAAUAACUAAAUGA